AUGCAAUCUCUCACCGCGUGGCCACUGUCCUGCGAGGCUACUCCAGGAACACCAGGCAUUCCGGUUGCGGACGAAAAACGCGCCUCCAAAUCCAGGGGCAUUCUGAGAAGUGGGGAGUGCGGGCCCGCCAGGGCGGCGUGCAUUUCGUGGCAUGUCGCCAUCCCCCGGCUGUUCUUGCCUCUGCAUCUUAGCGUCUGGCGGAUGCACUCAGGCUCCGGUGCCGACGACCACGCACCUACACUCAGCCUUAUCACGCCCGGCAGCGCAAGCAUGUAA